AUCUACUUCUUCGUAAUUUGUACAACCAUAAAACCGUGUCAACAUUCUAAGCUUCUCUACGAAAGGCGGGUUAAGAGCUGCACUGGCACUUGCACUAAGCCAUACAGAGGCUACUGACCUCAUUGAAUCUGCACGAUUUGGCAGGUACAGAUCUGGUUGAUGACGACAUCAUUCUUAGACAACAUCAAAUAGUCUGAUGCUUCGCAACUCUUAACUGCUUCAAGCGCAUCGCAAUCAAUCAAUUGUUCUCUCACAAUAGCAACCAUAGCUUCACGCACAGCAUCCCGUCGCCUUUCGCGAUUCCUACGCACCAUGUCUACUACAGCACCCUCCGCAUCGGCCCUCCCGCCCGCGCCAUGGAAGUCGCUGUUCAGCGAGCAUAUCUCCAAGAUGAAGUCGCCCGAGUUUGUUCUCGGAACACUCGAUUCAGCACCCAAGGGCUCACCCACCCCUUUCGUGCCACGCGUGCGAUACUGCAUCCACCGCGGCUUCUGGGCUGAGCUACCAGAGAACAAGCACAACGAUGCGGAGCGCAACCCUCAAGUCUACCAGAGCGAUUGUCCUACAUUCACAACAGAUGUUCGAAUGGAGAAGGUGGGACAGAUAUUCGCAACGAGUGCCGGACACGCAGAGAGCAAUGCUCAAAUACAGGGUAGUGGUGGUGGAGGCCCUGUGGAGGCUGUUUACUGGAACGCUGAUACUGGCACACAAUGGAGAAUCAAGGGAAGGGCAUUCGUCAUCGCCGACGAUAUCGAGGGUGAUGAGGAGAGCAGUGGUGUGAGGACUGUCAAGAGCGAGGUGGGAAAGAGGAUGAGAAUUGUUGAUGAGGGCAAGGAAGACCAGUUCAGUUGGCAGAGGGAGCUGACAGGAUUCUUUGGCAACCAAAGUCCCGGCAUCAAAGGCUCGUUCAAGAACCCCCCGCCUGGUCAGCCUACAUCCAAACCUUUCGACGACAAGAACCUCGCACUUGGUUCCAAGGUAGAUGACUUGAAGGACCCCGUUGCACGCAAGAAUUUCCGCCUUGUGGUCAUCGUACCAGACUCGGUGGAGCAGACCGAUCUCAGCAACCCUGAAAAGGCACGGAGAUUUAGAUAUACAUUUGACGAGAGCGCAAAGGCCAACGCCGGAUGGAGGACUGAGGAGCUAUGGCCUUAGAAGCGCUGCGAAUAGGUGUUUAUGAGUACGCAUGAACGGACAAUCGAAAACAAAUUGGCAACCGAAUGUUCGAAACAAUACCACAGAGUUCCCUGAUGUUAUUCGAUUCCUUCGUAGGGCCGAGUGUAUGCAUUGUUGUUGUGUAACUCGUUUGUCGCAGCGACCCUUGCUCGCUGCACAUGCAUGGUUUCGAUGCAGUCUUCCCCACAACGUGGCUCAGGUCGGCGACCACGACCGUGGCCCUUGUUGGUUUGAACAGUCGCCUAAAGGUUGCAAAUUUGUUGAGCGUGCUUCA